UCAACAAAUCGUAAGGUGUGGAGGGUGAAAAGUCGAACUUUUCUAGUUUUCAAAUCAAAUUUUUUUAAUACUUUUCUCGUCUUUUUUAAAACUUUAUCUCGUUUCAAACGAUGCAAGACCCAAACGAAGACACAGAGUGGAACGAUGUACUUAGAGCGAAAGGAAUCUUGCCGCCUAAACAAAAAGAAGUUGAGAUUUCUGAAGACCAAAUUGUGAACUUGGUUGAGGACACGAUAAGUAAGAGAACAGGAGAGAAUGUCGUAAAGAACUAUGAAGAUAUGACUUUAGAUGAGCUAGAUGAGUUUGAAGACGAGGAAGAUGAGAGAGUACUAGAGGAAUAUCGAAAACAGCGUCUAGCGGAGAUGAGGAAACACCAACAGGCAGCAAGAUUUGGAGAAAUGAUGGAGAUCACAGCUGUUGAUUAUGUCCAGGAAGUGAACAAGGCUGGGGACGGAAUAUGGGUUGUUUUACAUCUUUAUAAGACUGGGAUUCCAUUAUGUGCAUUGCUUAAUCGUCACCUUCAACAAUUAGCCCAAAAAUUUCCAACGACUAAAUUUCUAAAAAGCAUAUCAACCACAUGCAUCCCAAACUAUCCCGAUAAGAACCUACCAACGAUAUUUGUGUACCGUAAUGGUGAUAUGGUAAAACAAUACAUAGGACCAAUAGCUUUCGAUGGAAUGAAUUGCUCUCUUGAAGACUUGGAAUGGAUGUUAUCUGAAAGUGGUGCAGUAAAAACAGAGCUUGAGGAAGAUCCCAGGAGAAAGCGACAAAUCAGAGACGUUAUGACAUCAUCUUUACGUUCGGGUGGCCAACAAUAUGACGACGAUGAUGAUGAUGACGAUGACUGAUAAAUAUUUCAAAAAUGUA